UCAUGUGACGUCACAGUAGUCUUAAAAUAGCAUACUGAUGUAAACAAGCCAGGAGAGUUGAAAACGUGCUGGUGAAAGGACGUAUGAAUCUUGAUUGCAAAGAUGACGAAGCCAUUGUCAGUUUUGAAGAGUGUUGGGCCGAAGUUGGUGCCAUUCUUUAAGACAGUCUCAAUAUUUUUUGUAUUAUUUGGAGAAGAGUCACACCCAUCUAUAUUCUACUGUAUAGUAAAAUGUCUACCAAUCAUAUCACUCAUAUUAUUCGUUCUUUUACACGGAAUGAGUUUAAACGAAUACUAUCGUUACGCCAGACAUAUUCUCAUUGGAUUAUUUUUCUCGGCUCUGGGUGAUGCUUUUCUAGUCUACAAGAAACAGUAUUUUGAACUGGGUAUUUUGAUGUUUGCCAUCGCACAGAUAUAUUAUUCUCGAGCAUUCGGUUGGCGUCCAUUUAACCCAUAUGCUGGGACAGUCUUCCUGGUUCUAGGAUGUAUCGUGUAUUCAUACAUCAAAGAUGGCAUCAAGGAUGUUGUAUUGAGCUACAUCGUAGGUCUGUACGUCGCUUUAAUCAGUACCAUGGCAUGGAGAUCGGUGGCUCGAGUCCAGUUUUUUGAUGAUUUAUGGACUUGGACCAAGCUAUGUGGAUGUGCUGGGGCUAUAUUAUUCAUGAUAUCGGAUCUUACGAUUGCUAUUGAUAAAUUUGUCACUCCUGUUCCUUUCUCACAUGUGAUAAUCAUGUCUACGUAUUAUGCGGCUCAAGUCGGCAUCUCAUUAUCUGUAGUUGACAGUCAAGUGGAUGAACUGUUGAAAAAGAAAGUUUGAACAUAAUGAUCCUAUAUAUGUAAAUCAACUCUGUAUUUACUGUGUUUACAUAUUUGUUAAACAGAUAUGAUAGAAUUCAAAGUUGAGACAAACUUGUUGAAACAUUUAGAAGUGCUUAUUGUUUAAUAUGACCUUCUCCAAGAAUACAACCAAGGACACUGGCGGUUCAGUUAUAUGACAGAUAUUAGUUGAACUUGGAACUUUGAGUAUCUUAGUUCUUUAACAUCUGCUUCCACAAAAGUGAUAUGGCAGAACUUUAAGAUACAGAUGAUUGUAUUGUACGUGUACAUGUAUUAUUAAAUGACGGCUUAUAUGUGUAUAAUACUUGAAUGGAACUAGAUGUUUAUCAGUGAAGUGUGCUAACUUAAAACCAACCAAAUUCUAUAUCCCAGCUAUAUAUGUUUUUAAAUAUCUCUAUAAUCAAUUUAUACAUUAAAAUGUAUAAAUUGAUUAUAGAGAUAUUGAGAUAAUUAUUGCAAAAUGUGUUUCCAUAUUUAGAGUUUUCCAUUAUGUGAUAUAAAGAGAAAAUCAGCCCUGGAGCAAGUUUCCCAGUUAAUUUGUGAGAUUGAUGGUAAACAUUACUGAUGUACAUUCAGGAAUUAUUGCUAUCUCUUAAUUGAAGAGAGGGGUUUAAAACAUGUAGGCAUCUCACAUCUGUAUGUUCUUCUCUCCAAAUAUUGUUUAUAUUAUAUAUAACACAAAUUCUCCUAAAGAUACAUUAUGUAAGAUUUAAAUAAAGAGUUGGCCAUUCUUGCUAUAAUAGUUCAAAUAUACAUGUAGAUAAUGUAAAAUCAAUAUGUUGAAAAUUUCAUUCAAAUUACUUCAUUUUAUGCCAAGUUAUAACUGUUAGUAGAUUUGACAAGUUGUGUGAAUUGUAGUAACAAGGGCACUGGUAUAUUUGAGACUUAGCCUCGGUUUCCCAUUUUUAAAUGGAGAACAGUUCUAAUCUAGUUGAUAUCUUGGGUAUCCAAUGCCAUCAAGAGUUGAUUAUGGUCUGGAUAAGUUAAUUAAUGUCUAAUUAACAGUUUAACAUGGACAAACAAAGUUCAGUUAUCUUUCUUAUUAUUUCUCUUUACUUUGAUUCCAUAAGUAGAUUCUAAUUGUCCUGUGCUGAAUCUCGUUAAGGGAAAGGAUAUUGAAAUGGGCUCUGAUCUAUCCUUUCGUACUGGAUUUGUUUCCGGAAACACUGUACGCACAUCAACCUAUUAUAAUAGUUGCGUCGUUUACUAAUUGGAUAUUGGAAAUGUCUCGAUUUAAAAAAUUAUAUAAUUCCUCAAAAACAAAUUUGACUUUUGCUAAUUGGAAAUUUCUCUGUUCCAUGAUUUAUAUAUUUCCUCAAAAACGUAUUUGACGUAGUUUUUGCGCGAGGAUUUUGUAGACUAUUUCCUUCAAAACUGACUUAGUUUUUAUCCAAGGGCGUCGAAUGUUGAGUCUUUCUAAUACAAUUCAGUUGUCUGACCUUCCAGUCACAGAGGUUAAAUAGGUUCUAGCUGAUCGGGUUUAGGGUUAAAAAUCCUACAUUUGCCUGUUUAGUCAUAUGUAAAAACUAUAUAAAAAAUUGUCCAUUCUGUUUAAUUUUGCAGUCUGAUUUAAAUGCAGAUGCUAUUCCGUUUUAUUUUUUAUAGUUCAAAAUUUCGUUUUACUUGUCUUUACUACACUAGGAUUUAGACGAAUUAGCCAAUGAAACGGUCUGUUGUGACUAGUUCUUGGCAUGCAGUACAUGGAACUGUGGGUAUUCCACUAGAAACAUAAACGCUGCUUAGUUAAUCAAAUGUCUGACGCCAUGGGGCCAAAAGCCUCUGGGAUGACCCCUGACGUAACCUGAUGUAGUGGAGGCCAUCGAAAGUAUAAAAAAAGAAAUAAAAUAUAGAUCUGUAAUUUUGUAACUGUAAUAGAUAAUAUUCGGGAUAUAUUAGAUUUAUUAAAACCAAAGAAUUAAGAUAUACAUGUAAAUAAUGGUAGACCAGUGAUAUUUGGUCUGUAAAUAUUCUACUUGUACCUGUAUAUUAAUUAUCAAUUGGAAUAUAAUGAAUGAGUUCUUUGUGGGAAGAUAAUUCAGUAAUAAUUGUAAAUAGGAUUUGGGGAGGUAUUUUUGAUCAGCAUUUAAUCAUAUUUGUGUAUAUAUUUGUUCUGUCUUUAUUUCCACAACUCCAGACUGUAUCUCCCUUAUAGUAACUAUUGAUGUUUUAGGUGGCUGUUUCCACGUAUCAGCCUUCUGUAAAGUCAUUAGACCACAUGCUUUGAAUUUCGCGUACACAAAGUAAGCAGAGGUGGAUACUCCGCGAUAAACUUUAUAGUUUGUGUCAUGUGUAAGUCACAUAGCAAUCUAUUUCAAAUAACAACCUGGAAAAUAGUUGCUAUCUAAUACAUAAACAUUCUUUCAUGCUUCAUUUCCCUAAUAUUCACAAUUUGAAUUUGUAUAAAUGGCAUUAGAAAAUGAACAUUAUUUAAAUUAUGGAUUUAUUAUAUUGGUCAACCGUUUGGUUAUGUAUAUUUAUUUAUUAAUUAUAAAUGUUGUUGUGUAUAAAUGAAAUAUCUAUAAAUUGAUUAGUCGACAGACCUGUUUAAUUAAUUAACUAAAGAGGAAAUCAUACUUUGGUGAUCAGUAGGUAAAUGUACCAUCAGAAUGGUGAUAUGUUAAUGGGACAUCACAGUUGCUCAGUGAGUAGGGCGUUGGCUCGCUAACCUUGAUGUCCUGAGUUCGAUCCCAGUGUUGUUCGAGAAAAAGUUCAUUGGGAUUUUCAGACGUGGUUCCCCCUCUGUCAAUGGUGUAGGGCCGAGGGCCUGGCAAAAGAUAAAAUAUGGUCGUUCGGAUGGUCCAAAAAAACGAGGCCCUGUGUAUACAUUAGAGUGCACGUUAAAGAACCCUUGACAGUUGAAAUUUGAAAUAAGACUAGACCAAAUAUGAUUACAUGAGAGUAUUAUUUCCUCUUUAAAGAUAAAAAUGUUUGGACAUAUAAAUAUAUUCAUAACAGACCACAACACAAGGUAUAUAUGGAUAUAACUACUUUUGUAUUAUUUAAUAACGAUUUUCGUAAUACAUACAGAUCACGUUUUCAAGUUAAUGAUGAAUAUAGAGAAGUAGUUAUAUCCAUAUAUACAUGUACCUUGUUUUAUGUUUUAUUAUGCAUAGUUAACCAUGCCUCUAGAUGUUAUUUAAAGAAUUUAAAUAUAUGUCUAGCUUAAUUAAUGGCAUCCAUGCUUAUUAAAUGUAUAAGCAGGUGGUUUAUACCGGUAAUGUCCAUACAUUUUCAAUACAUCUAGUGGUUAUGUUCAGUAUUAAAUUCUAUAAAGGGUUUUAUAUUAAGAUUUCCUCUAAUUAGUGUGAUAUAUUAAGUCAAAUUGAGAUGUAUAUUUAUUUAAAUAUUUUUUGUCUCAUAUACAUGUUGUCUACUAGUAAUCAACGUCAUGUUUUAUUUAUACCAUUUUAAGUGCAUUUCAUCAAAUUAUUUCAAACUACUUGGUAAACUAAAAUACAGGAAUAGAAUUACAGGUUUAUGGUUAAGAAAAUGAAUAUUAAAAGUUAUUGUCUGGAAUUAAUAGCAUCUCCAUUAGUUUAAUUUUUGGUUCUUUGGGGUCUUGAUAUGUAAAAUUUUUGUAGGUGAUCCUGAAAAACAAACAUCCAAAUUAGUAUGUCCUUAUUUUAGUUUUUUUCAUUGUUGUAUAUUGCAUGUAAUUUGUACAAUCAGACAGAUUAGGAUUUAAUUUAAGUUUGUUUAUCACUCAGGAUAAAUAUUUCCUCUAAUGCUUAUAGUAGAAAAAACCUAAUAUAUGUGUAUGAGAUUAUCUAUUAAUCAACUCAGUCCAUUUAUCAACUCUGUUCCUCUACACUUCAUAAUGAGGCCAUACCCAGGGCCGUAACUAGCUCAGCCAUACCCAGGGCUGUAACUAGCUCAGA